AUGGCGAUCAACUACCUGAUUCUGCUGUCGAGACAGGGGAAAGUGCGCCUUGCAAAAUGGUUUACGACGCUCUCCCCUAAGGAGAAGGCCAAAAUCAUCAAAGAUGUGUCGCAGCUCGUUCUGUCUCGUCGUGCCCGCAUGUGCAACUUUCUCGAAUACAAAGACAGCAAGGUCGUCUACCGACGCUACGCCUCCCUCUUCUUUAUCGCCGGUUGCGCUUCCACCGACAAUGAACUGAUCACCCUCGAAAUCGUGCAUCGCUUCGUGGAACAGAUGGAUAAGUACUAUGGCAACGUCUGCGAGCUGGAUAUUAUUUUCAACUUUCAAAAGGCGUACUUCAUCCUAGACGAGCUGUUACUGGCUGGGGAAAUGCAGGAGAGCAGUAGGAAGAAUGUCCUCCGGUGCAUUAGCCAACAGGACAGUUUGGAGGAUAUGGAGGUUGAGGAGGAUGUGGUUACAAAGAUCAUGUAG